GCCAGCACGCGCGCGCGGCCAAGGAAACCGGGUGCGCGAGUAGUUGACCGCGUAUAAAGGGUCUCGCGAGCGCUACCAGCAGCCAUAGCUGGUAAGGUAUAGCAUAGUGGAGGACGCGGGAGAGGGAGGGAGAAGGCGAAGCGAAGCCAAAGCAAGGUUGGAGGGUGGGGAAGCCCUCUCGCGUCGUCACGUGAUCGAGAACUCGCCGAUCCACCGCUUGCGCGCCCGCGGCUGCUUCCGGUGCGCGCGGUCGAUCGUCGUCGGCCGACGGCGGAGGCGCGCAAGCUUCUGCCUCGAGCGCAGAUAAUUGUGCGGUGAUGGCGGGGCGCUGCGAUUGACGUGCGACGAUUAUGGGCAUCCAAGGGAACAAGGCGGGGACGCACGAGCACGACUUCCUCUCGCUGUACGCGGCCGCCGCCGCCGCCAAGGACGCUCCCCUCCUGCUCCACCACGACUCCAAGGCGCCGCCGCCGCCAGCCUCUCAAGGUAAUUUCCUCUUGAAGACGCACGACUUCCUGCAGCCGUUGGAUCAGAAACCGGGAGCGCCGCCGGAGCCGUCGCCGCUCCCCGCUUCCGCCGCGGCGGAGAGCAGGCACCGGCAGCAGCAGCAGCAGCAGGUGGUGCACGCGCUGCCCCUGCCCGGCGGCGUCGGCACCUUCAGCAUCAGCCCCGCGCCCGUGUCGGUCGCGCUGCCGGCGCCCGCCGUCGUCAAGUCGGAGCCGCCGUUCGUGCUCUGGGGCCAGCCUGCCGCGACGCUGCAGCCGGGCGCGCGAGGGCACCAGCAGCAGCAGUGGGCGCUCCCCUUCGCCGGCGCCGGGCAGGUCAGGCCGCCGCCGCCGCAGCAGCACCAGGCGCCACCGGAUAGGAAGGGCCGUGGCGGCGGCGGAGGCGGGGUCAUGGAGUCUGGCUCCAGAUCCAGCGGUGGGGCGGGGUUCGACGACGACGACGCCCUCACCACGCGCCGCGAGGUCUCCUCCUCGCUCCAAGAUUUGACUGUAAGGGUGGACAGGAAGGGUGGGAGCUGCAGCGAUGGUGGUACAGAUCAGCGGCCAAACACACCGCGGUCAAAACACUCAGCCACAGAGCAGCGCAGACGCAGCAAGAUCAAUGAUAGGUUCCAGAUACUCAGGGAGCUGUUGCCACACAAUGAUCAAAAGAGAGACAAAGCAACAUUUCUCUUGGAGGUUAUUGAAUAUAUACGGUUUUUGCAAGAGAAAGUGCAAAAAUACGAGGCAACAUUCCCAGAAUGGAACCAAGAAAAUGCAAAGAUGCUUCCAUGGUCAAAUAUGUAUUUUCGAUCAUUCUGGAAAAAUGCACAGAGUAAAGGCCAAAUCCCAGGAGAUUCCCCGCCUGACCCUUCACAUUUCAUGAGAAAUGGAUCCUCCCCUGGAUCUAAUUUCACUGGGAAAAUCGAUGAUAAUCACAACAUAGUGACAUCUGCAGCUGCAUCAGGGGCACAGGAUCAGGCAGAAACUGAUCACAUGGCUAGCGGGUGCUACAGAUCAGCAGAAACUCCAGCGAAUAUUACAAAUAAUGCUAUAUCUCAGUCCCAGCCUCAAUGGACAGGUCCAUCCCCUGUGGAUGACUCUGCAGUAAACAGUGAAAUGCUUAACAACCAGCAGUUGGCAAUAGAUGAAGGAACGAUCAGUGUGUCCAGUAAUUAUUCCCAAGAGUUACUUAACUCGUUGACUCACGCCCUUCAAAGCUCAGGUGUAGAUUUGUCCCAAGCCAGCAUCUCCGUGCAGAUCAACCUGGGAAAGCGUGCUGUCAAGAGACCUGUUGCUCCUUCCAACUCCAAGGAACCAGCUGAUCCAGCAUCUAGUAACGAAUUAGGCCAUCAGCUGAUGAUGUUGGGUGCCGGUGCCGACAAUCUCUCUCACACAACGAAGCGGCAUAAACCGGGCAACAGCUGAUGACCGCUCACACUCACCUCGCUUCCAGACGGAUUGAUCAUUCUUUGCCUCCCAGCCAACGGGAGGCUCUCUUGGAUUGGUUGUAAAUUGUGUGCUUGGUGACAACAAGCUGAGACCCCCGGUGCAUUCUUUGAUUUCGUCAGUCCCACCGCCAUCCCCUAUUUAGUAGUCCAUUGUUUUACGUAGAGAAACAAACCAUGAAGCUUCCAUUGCGGAUUGUGAAGCCGCUCUUGUACACAGGCUUCCAUUCAUAUGAGAAGCUUCCCCUCCUUGACAAAUCUCCGUGUUGUAGACCUGUAGCAACCUGUAAGAUAUAUGAUGUCCAGCAACUCUACUACCGGACCACCGGCUAAGUCAAGUUUGUUCUGCUAUUUAUGUAAGCGGUGUUCCGUUAUGCUGGGAGUCUAAUUGCACCGCUAUCUCAGUGAAAUGAUCGUCGGUCGUGUGCUUGUUUGUUUG